CGGUCAAUACGCGACAAUAAUAGCUUUUAUAUAAAUUGACACACACCACCACCACCAAGUUUCCAUUAUAGCACUGUAUUGUGAAGAUGGAGCAUCAAAGUCCGGUAGCACUAGUUGUCGGAGUUACGGGAAUGGUUGGACUAAGCUUAGCCGAAGCCUUGAAGCAGCCUGAUUGUCUCGGAGGUCCAUGGAAAGUUUACGGCGGUGCUCGCCAUUCCCCAGACGAAUGGUUCCCUUCUUCCAUCCUAGACGGCUUCAUCACAUUUGACGCAGUUAACUCAGCUGACACACACGCCAAACUAUUACCUAUAGCCAAUGAAGUCACCCACAUCUUCUGGGUGACUUUCCAGUUUGUAGAAGAUGAAGAAGUUAACAUCACUGUUAACAAAUCCAUGCUCCAUAACGUUGUCACCGUUCUUAAAUCUUCUCCAUCUUCUCCUCUCACCCAUAUAACGGUCCAAACCGGAACUAAACAUUACAUGGGUCCGAUAUAUGACCCCGUCCGGUCUAACAAACUUAUAUGCCACGAACCACCUUUUAACGAGAAUAUGCCUCGACUCCCUUACCCAAAUUUCUACUACACACUUGAGGAUCUCGUUGCAUCAUACACACCUUCGAUUACAUACUCAAUACAUCGAUCCUCUCUCAUAAUUGGCGCAUCUUCAAGAAGUGCAAUCAACGCGAUGAUGAUGCUAGCGACGUAUGCUGCGAUAUGUCGCCAUGUAGGGUUACCGUUUCGGUAUCCAGGAAAUAGAUACACUUGGGAGCAUUUUUGUGAUAUGUCAGAUGCAGGUGUGCUGGCAAAGCAACAUGUGUGGGCUGGAGUUACAAAGAAAGCUAAGAACCAAGCAUUUAAUUGUACAAACGGUGACAUUUUCACUUGGAAGAGUAUGUGGAUGUUGCUUAGUGAGGUUUUUGAUGUUGAGUUUGUUGAGUUGGAUGAUAAAGAAGAGUUUGAUAUCAUUGAGUUGAUGCGUGACAAGGGUGAGGUUUGGGACUUGAUUGUAGAGAAAUAUGGGCUUCAUAAGACCAAGUUGAAGGAAAUUGCUUGCUUUGAAGCCAUGGUGCCAGUUGUACGGUUUGAGUUUCAACAUGUAUCUAGUAUGAACAAGAGUAAAGAUUAUGGGUUUUUAGAGUAUGCUGAUACGUUUAAGAGUAUCAAACUCUGGGUGGCUAAGCUGAGGGAGAUGAAACUUAUACCCUCCUACCAACAAUAAUUGCAUUAUCGUUUUUAUCUUCUUUAUUUUCUUGAAGGAAAAAAGUGUUUAUUUGAGACUACCGUAAAAAAAUGUUAAUAACAAGAGUAGACAUUUUUUAAGGAUUCGAAAGUGUUUGUUUAUUGAAAAAGUUAAAUAGUUAAAUUUUCAAUGCAUUGAAUUCAUUAAUUUCUAUAAAAACUUACUAUUUAAGGUUGUUAAAGAGUACAUUUAGGACACUCGUUGCAUUUCUCUUUUUCUUUUAAUCCACACAAUUAGAUGAUUUGAUCUUCGGUUGAGGUACUAGCUAGUAUCAGUACUAUUUU